ACCAGCAUUCGGGAAGAAUAUACAAGAAGCUAACAAUGCUAUCUUUAACUCAUUCCCUAUUCACCACCAUUUUCUUAGUGCUAGUAAUCCUUCUUCAUCCAUCAAAUGCUCAACUGAGUUCAACAUUCUACUCCAGCACAUGCCCCAACGUGUCUUCCAUUGUGCGCAAUGUUAUUCAGCAGGCUCUGCAAUCUGAUUCCCGUAUUGUUGCGAGCCUAACUCGUCUUCAUUUUCAUGAUUGCUUUGUUAAUGGAUGUGAUGGAUCACUUUUGUUAGACCAAGGUGGCAACAUAACACUGAGUGAGAAAAAUGCAAAUCCCAACAAUAAUUCCGCUCGUGGCUUUGAUGUAGUGGACAACAUAAAGACAUCUCUUGAAAAUUCAUGCCCUGGUGUUGUAUCUUGUGCUGAUAUACUUGCCCUUGCUGCUGAAGCUUCUGUGUCUUUGGCAGGAGGCCCUUCAUGGAAUGUACUACUAGGCAGAAGGGACGGUUUGAUUGCAAACCAAUCUGGUGCCAACACCGCCAUCCCAGCUCCAACGGAAAGCCUGGCCAAUAUCUCAGCCAAAUUUGCUGCCGUUGGCCUAAACACAACUGAUCUUGUUGCAUUAUCUGGUGCACAUACAUUUGGUCGUGGGCAAUGUAGAUUUUUCAACCAGAGACUGUUCAACUUCAGCAACACGGGAAGCCCUGAUCCUACACUGAACACAACCUAUUUAGCCACCCUGCAGCAAAGUUGUCCACAAAACGGAAGUGGGACCACACUGAACAACCUUGACCCUUCAUCCCCAGACACAUUUGACAACAACUACUUCAAAAAUCUUCUCAUCAAUCAGGGCCUUCUCCAAUCAGACCAAGAACUCUUUUCCACUAAUGGAUCAGCCACAAUAGCCAUUGUCAACAACUUCGCCAACAACCAAACCGCAUUCUUUGAAGCCUUUGCUCAGUCCAUGAUCAAUAUGGGUAAUAUUAGCCCCUUAACUGGAAGCCAGGGAGAAAUCAGAACCGAUUGUAAGAAAGUCAAUGGAAGUUAAAAAUGAGAGCAUCUCAUAAGCCACAACAUCAAUAUUUAUAUACUCAAACUAUGUAGUUUUGUGUUAUUUUAUUUUAUUUUAUUUUAUUCCAUGAACAUGGUGCAUACAAUAUUUCAAAAUUGAUAGUCAAGUUUAAUCCGCGAGCUUUGGAUUAUUUGUUUGAUCAUGUGAAGAUAUGGUACGUCAAAAUUGUUGUUUGUAUAUUGAACUACUAGUUUGUUUCCUGACAUGAAAUGAUCUUAUUAUUAUAAGUACUCCUAAUAAAAAUUAACAUGUAUGUAUACUUUUAAUUA